AUGUACCGGCAAAUAGUCAUUCAUCCCGAUGACCGCUAUUUGCAACAAAUUGUCUGGCGUGAUAACCCUUCAGAACAGCUUCAAGCUUAUCAACUUAACACCGUGACUUACGGCACCUCUAGUGCUCCCUUUUUGGCAACUAGGUGCCUCCAACAAUUAGGCUUAGAGUGUACCGAUGACAAGGUUGCUCAAGUGAUCAUUCACGAUUUUUACGUUGAUGACUUGCUAACGGGAGGGGAUGAUAUUAACGAGGUUACAGAUUUGCGCCGUAAAGUGACUUCCACACUUGCAUCAGCUCAUAUGGUUUUGCGAAAGUGGAAGUCGAAUGAAUCUCAACUGGUUAGUGAGAAUGAUAUUUCUCCGCUUGAUUUGAAUAUUGGUGGCUUUGAACCGACUAAAACUUUAGGCCUUGGUUGGCAAUCACAUACUGACCAACUUUGUUUCCCUAUAGGAGGGCUAUUCUCAGGUAGAACAAAGCGUGAUAUGUUAUCUGUGAUUUCUCAGAUUUUUGAUCCACUAGGACUUCUAUCUCCCUGUGUAAUUAAGAUGAAAAUGCUUCUUCAACAGUUGUGGCUGCUCAAGCUGUCAUGGGAUGAGCAGUUGACGCCAGAAAUCAGCAAGAUGUGGGCUGAGAUAAUAGUCGAUUUACCUAAAUUAAAUACUCUACGUAUUCCACGUCGUGUUAUUUGUGACUCGCCUAGUUUGUUUGAAUUUCAUAUUUUCUCGGACGCUUCUGAGCGAGCAUAUGGCGCCUGUUUAUAUGUGCGUAGUGUUAAUGAUCAGGGUGAGGUUUUAAUUCAAUUAUUGAUGGCGAAAAGUCGUGUCGCGCCGCUUAAACCUAUAACAAUCCCAAGACUGGAACUUUGUGGUGCACUUGUUGGAGCUCGCCUUUACCAAAAGGUUGUAGCAUCGCUGAGACAACAGGCUAAGCGCACUUUCUUUUGGACAGAUUCGUCCAUCGUGUUAGGAUGGUUAAAGGUGUUACCUAGCAAGCUACAACCCUUUGUCAGAAAUAGGGUUGCUGAAAUAUUAGAGAAGACUGGAAAUUGCGAGUGGAGGCAUGUCCCAACAGAGUGUAAUCCGGCCGAUCAUAUUUCUCGCGGUGUGAGUUGUAAGGAUAUUUCAUCCAUGAGUAAGUGGUGGUCAGGACCUGAAUUUUUAAAGAAAGAGGUCUCUCACUGGCCUGCAAAUUUCUUAAGUAUUAAUCACGAGUUGCCUGAGAUUAAAUCGUCAAAUGUUAUCCUCCACGGAAUACUUCAUUCUAGCAACAAUGAAGAUUUAGGUGGGAAUAAAUUAAUUGAAUUUAAACGCUUUUCUAAAUAUACUAGAUUAAAUCGGACCGUUGCUUAUGUGCUGCGUUUUAUUAAUAAUUGUAGAAAGCAAUCCGUUCACGCAGCAAUCAAGAGUUGCAAACCGCACUCAAUGUUAUUAUAA